UCUAAAUUCGCUCUUCGCGCUCAGGUCAGAGCCAGGAGCUUCGCUUCAUCACGCUCCUGCCGAAUAUUCUGCCGCAGCAGUCCUGAGACGACGGCCGUAGCAGGAAGCGGGAGAGAAAAUAACAUGACGGACACGACGCAUUUAUAAACGACGGCGGCGUCGACACGUGCUUUCGCGUCCACGCGACCGACGGAUUCUUCACGUCUUGCAGGUGGUUUUUUCGCCCGACUUGAUUGACUUUCGGAUUGAAUUUUUUUUUAAUUGAAUUUUAGUACUUAAUAUUGAUUGGCGUGUUAUUGUUAAUAUGUUGAGAGACGAAAAAACAAUUAAGAGAUUUGGUAAUAAGGGAGUUAAUUGGUGCGGGCUGCACGGACGGGAUUUCUUGUGACAUCUUAGGAAAGGUGAUAAUAAAAGAUGCCUUCGAAAAUGACAAACAGCGGCAGCCAAUGCCAUAUGGUGGAGCAACCGAGUUGGUCCAGUCCAUCUGCCAGCCCAUCACCACCGCCUCCACCGCUACCGCCCCCAGUCGUCGCCAGAUGGGCCAGAACUGAACAAAAUAGCACCGAUUCCUGCCCACAUUGUAGAGGAAGAUUGGCUUCUUUGCCUACUAGAACUACCAGUCUUAGUAGUUAUAGUUGCAAAGAUAGAAGCACCCCAUUACCCCGCCCUCUAGACGACGAAGACUCAUUUCAUGUGAUCUGUGAUAGAGAACUGCACUCGCUACAUCGAAACAUACCAGCUUUACGCAGAAGGGACAUGGACAUUACCAUGAUAAAACAGCAUUACUACCCGGAAGGUGGUUGGGGUUGGCUGGUAUGUGGAGCGGCAUUUCUAGCUCACCUGCUAACUUCCGGUAUGCAACUCGCCUUCGGACUGUUAUAUUUAUAUACCAUAAAAUUUCUAAUUAAAACAAAGAGCGAACAUGAAAAGGAGUUUUACGUGAUGGCCACUGCCUGGUUGGGAGCCAUAUGCCUGUGUGUAUCCUUUACCACCUCUCCACUAAUUGUUGCAGUAUGUAGAAGAAAAUCCACAAGACUAGCAGCGUUUAUAGGAGGUUUAGUCAUGGCUCUGGCCUGCCUUUUCACCUCUUUUGCCGUUAAGUUUCACCAGGCUCUUCUGAGCUACGGACUAGUCUUAGGUUUGGGUUCUGGUAUAGUCCGAGAAACAUCCACGAUAGUCCUGGGACAUUACUUCAAACGUAGAAGGGAAUUUGUCGAAAUGGUCGCGCAGGCUGGCACCGGCGUGGGAAUAGCACUUUUUUCUGUCCUUUAUAAAGAAGGCAUUGGCAAACUGGGUUGGCGUUUAGGCCUACAAGCGAUAACGGGCCUGCUCGCCUUAGCCUUCUUUUUGCCAAUAGUAUACCGGUCGGCCAACUUGUAUCAUCCGCAAAGGCGCGCCAUCACCCACCUGAAGAACCAGCGGCGCAAGAUGAAAGAGAAGAAGAGUUCGAAGGUCAAAAAACCACCGGUGUUCGAUUUUAGCCCGUUGAAGAGCCGGGGUUUGAGAGUGAUUAUGCUCAGUUGCGGUUUUGGAGCAUUAGGGAUCUAUGCACCGGUAUUUUAUUUGGUCUAUCAAGGAUUCAGAGAAGGUUUGGAAGAUAGCGCCCUGGUUCUUCUCCAGACUUUUAUGGGAUUUGCCUCCGCACUGGGUUGCGUUGGUUUUGGCCUUAUAACCGUUAAACCGAGUACCCAGUGCCUAAUAUCCAGGCAGUAUCUAUGCCAAACUGCCCUAAUAGGAAUAGGAAUAUCGUUGUUGGCACUCAGCGCUGUCCAAGGGUACCAUGGGUACGUCCUGUUUGUUUGGCUGUAUGGGAUCUGUUUGGGUGGAUUCACUUAUUCCUUAAAAGCGUUUGCUUUGGAACGUAUUAAGAAUAAACAUUUCACAAAGGCCUGGAGUUUUAUACAAGGAGCGAAGUCGAUACCAGUUCUGUUGGGCAUCCCUUUGACUGGUUAUAUUAAUCAGACUUAUCCUAAGGCUGGAUAUUAUUUUAGUUUUUCUGCUACUUUAAUAGGAGCAUGUCUAAUGUUCCUAGUAGGCACCAAAAAGGAACCCAUAAGCCUCCAACCGAGUCCUGCUGCAAACAAUUGCAACCUGAACAACUGUGCAGUCGCCAAUUUAAAUGAGUGCGUAUGCAGUGCUGCCACAUACAACGGAGUGUGUGCGGCAACACCUGAGCUGAUGCCUUACAGAUUUUGUCGUCAAGGUAGUAACCAUUAUGAGAGGGUGUUUGCCAAUUACGAUGAUUGUCAUAGUAAGGGCUCACUUCUAGGAACUCCUCACAGGCAUUCGUAUAGACCAAAACCUGGUCCGGAAAUUCACUAUUUGCCAAAAUCUUUGAGUUAUGCGGCCAAUAUUGAUCAUUCGGUGUAUCAUACGCCGAGCAAGAGUCAGCACCACGUUCCAGUGUUGGCCAACGUUAAUAAUGGUUCCAGCCAUCAGGAUUUGGUCAGAUUCUCUUCAUUACCUAGGCCCCAGCAUAGGGGGAUUUUGAGGCCAAGCAAAAGUGUUCCUGAGGGAUUGUCUAGAUGGGAGUAUUGUGGAUCCUACAGACGCCCAAUAGUUAGAAACGUUCAAGUUAUCGAGCAAAUUACAACGUCAGUUUAGUACCUCUACGACUUAUUCAUUAAAUCUUUGUAAUAUAAAAGCCGCGUUUUCAUAUGAAGUUUUUAGAUUUUAAUAUUUAAAAAAAAAUUAUUUAAUCGCGUCAAAUUAUCCAUAUAAGCUAAUAAUUGUUUUGGACCAAAAUGUUUAUAAAUUUCCCUUCAAACAAACCUAUGCCAAAGAUAAUGUAAGAGUGAUUUAUUUAUUUUGCAUAUCAAUUAAAGUAAAUUAGUGUUUUUGUUUUGAAAAAAGCAAUACUAUAUGGUUGUGAUAUAAAAAUUACAGAAAAUCUCAUAUUAAUAUUAUUAACAGCAAAUAUAGCCACUACAUUAUAUAG